GGAAGCCAAGCGCUUAACUACUCAACCACCGCGCCCCACACAGUAGUGUCCUGCUUUAAAUAAAAUAGUCCACAUACUUUUUUUAAAAGGGUAUAAAAGGUCUUUUAGUAUUGGAUUGGGUCACAAGAGAGGCUUACUCUAAUUCAAGGAAAGUAUUCCAAUGGUCUUAAACACAAAAUCUGGAAGAUCUGGAAUUCGCUGGUGACAUAGAGCCUUAUUAUCACAUAUACUACAGGAUAUGCAAGAAAAAGUUUUAAGUAAAGUAGGAAAAAGAGUAGGCCUCAGUUAAACCACAAAAAAGAAAAACGUACUUAAAAUGAUCAACAAACAAAUUUGAGAAGUUAAACUGGUUUCUCAGACCAUAGACCAAGUAGAUAGUUUUAUACAACUUGUAUUUAUGUAAAUAAAAGAUUAGAAGUUCGAACGUGCCUCAAGAUCUAGCGGAUGAGACAGUGGACUGUGAGCAUAAGUAGCACGUGUUGAGUGAAUAACAUCAAGAACCUCUUGAGAAACAUCACAACAUACAAAGUAAAGGAUGUGCAGAGAUGUAUAAAAGACAACUGUUAAAAUCUCAUUCAUUCAGUAAUUCUAAUCUUUAAAAAAAAAUAGGAAAAAAAAAUUUAAGGAAAAAAAAAUCAUAAGAAAAGAUUUAGGAAAACUAUUAUAUUGUGCCGAAAUGAACUUUGAACCAUUAACGAUAUAUGCUCUUACCCAUGUGAUACUGAUGACGUCACAGUUGUUGUCAGUUUCCAGUGAUUCUAUAGAUGAACUUAUCGCAGGGGCUACCGAGAUGAAUGAUUUUUAUCUGGCAGACAUGGAGGCGGGAAAUGUCAGACAUGAGCUGGACAUGGUGCUGACAAUGGAACAAUAUAACGCAUUAUACCAGGAGCCCAAAUCAACUAAUGGCCAGAAAAAAAGAGGUAGGCAAAGAAGAAAAGCGAUACGAGGCAAUAACUACCGAUGGACUAACAAAGAAAUUCCUUACAGAAUCGUCUCUAAUGUCUUCGAUGCCAACAGUAUGAGAGAGAUCCGAGCAGCCAUCGCUGAAUGGCAAAACUACACCUGCAUCACCUUCAGAUCGGCAACCAAAUCCGACCGCAACUUCGUCAGCAUUAACAACGGCAACGGCUGCUACUCUUACCUGGGGAUGGUCGGGGGCAGCCAAACAGUCGGCCUUGCGGGAGGUUGUAGAGUCAAGGGCGUCAUCGUUCACGAGUUGGGCCACGCCAUCGGGUUCCAACACGAGCAGAACCGGCCUGACAGGGAUGACUACGUGACGAUUAUUGAGAGGAACAUUCCGGUUAAUUUGCUGUACAACUUUAAAAAGUAUUCUGUGGAAGCUGUGGAUAAUUACGGGGUGCCUUACGACUACAGGAGCAUCAUGCAGUACGGAGGGCGCGCCUUCUCCUUCAAUGGAGAGAUUACCAUACAAACUAAAGACCCGAGGUACCAGAACGUUAUAGGAAAUCGAGAAGGCCUUAGCUUCAAUGACAUCAAGCUGGCCAACCUUAUGUACAACUGCCACGAUAAAUGUGGCACAGGAAUCCGAUGCCCAAGCGAAGGGUUCUUGGGCAAAGACUGCCAAUGCUAUUGUCCCGGAAGUCCCGUCCAGAUCUGCGCCAGCACUGGAGUCGUGCAGACUACGCCCAAGCCUGUAGCCACGGCUACUCCUCCCAGAAAGCUUUGUGUCGAUAUGAACCAAUACUGCAGGCCUUGGGCUGAGGCCGGAUACUGCCGCACGAACUCAUACGUCAAGACCUACUGCAGAGCGUCAUGUCGAAGCUGCGAGGCCGGAUCCAGUUCUGAAAACUCCGUCUGCAAAGACGUACACCAAAGCUGCCCGGAAUUUAAAAUACGGGGCUUUUGCACUGGCGCCUUUGAAAACUACAUGAGAACCAACUGCCAGUCUAGUUGUAACUAUUGCAACAUCUCAAUAAAAGCAGAUUGGAAUGAAACAGAGCUCUUUGAAUUCAGUAUGUUAAUUAUUAUUCGCAGUUGUGACAGUUUGUUGUUACAACGCUCAUUAAACUAAACAUUGUGUAAUAUUUUAUUUUAAAACUUUGAAACAUUUAUUAUUAUUUUUACUGAUAUUAAUUGUUACAUUGUGGUACUGCUCCCCUUCCCACCCAGCGCUAGGUGGUUGCGAAGUGCUGAAAAUGACCUCGUGUGGCGCUUAUAAACUACAAAAAUUUUGUAUUACAAUACACAACACCAGAUUAAUACCAAUUUAAUAGAAAUGUCAUUAUUACCAAUUUUUUUUUUAAACUGCACAUAAUGUCAAUGUAGAGACAUCUGCAUCAAGAUCGACUCAAUUCAAAUUUUUCUUAAAAAAAAAAGAUUUUCCCAGACGUCUCCGCUAACGCGAUUCUACUCGACUUCAACAUGUCAGAGCAGUCGAAUUUCUUCCCGUCUGUCUUACUUCGCUCUUUUGUAAAAAAAAAUAAAAAUAAAAGAUCAGCGAAAAAAAAACGUCUUACUUACCAUGAAGUGAUGUAAAUUGCUAUCUUCUUCUUUAUUUGACUUCAUUCGACAUGCUUUUUUUUCCUUGGAUGAAUCGUGCGCUAUCUGCUAGGAGAAAAGUGUAAGUGGUUCUGCCUCUCCGAAUGCAGGGCAACGCUUUAAUAUCGUCCCGUACCACCCCGUAUUACUGUAACUUUAUCUGACCUUUGAUUUUCUUAGUAUGAAAAAAUGUGGGUAACAGAAAACAGGAGAAAACUUUUCUGAGGCUCGAAACGCAGGAGAACAGAUACUCCGGACUCUUUGAGGAAAUUUUCAGCGCUCCCAAUAACCCCUUGGCUGAUAUAUAUGCUUAGAAUAACUGGAAAACUGUGUUAUAAUUAUGUUUUUUUUUUUGAAGUUUCAUUAUAGUUUUAACUACUUAUUUUUCUAACGGGGGAUGCCAACAAUUUUUUUCGUCUGGAUAUGACGAGGGGUGGGGUCAGGGGCGUAGCUAGUGAUUUGGGGACCCGGGGGGAUUGACCUCUUUGGGGUCCCCUUGCAUGUUGACAUUCGACAUCAUGACAUGAGAUAAUAUACUUAAUAAAUAUACAAGCCUAAAUUCAAGUUGGUACAGUAUAUCAGUAAAAUUAACAAAAAAUAAUCAUUAUUUUUCUUUUAAUGAAUAAUACCGUGGUUUAUUUGCGAAAUAGUGGACAAGUGACAAAUCUCAAUUCACGUCGUGCUUUCUGUGCAGCAAAGGCAUCUAUAACACCAUCUACAAUAUUUCGAUACUGUCUAGUAAUUGUGUCUCCACUGACAUUAAAGCCAUGCUGCAGAGUCUUUCUUGUUUUAUUGUGCUCCUGAGAUAGUUUUUGAUGAACUUGAGCUUUGAGAAUGAUCUCUCACAUGACGCAAUGAAAGUGACCUGAGUUAGCAGUAUUCGGAUUGAGGUUGCAAUGUUUGAGCACACAUCAAUACCAUAUGAAGGCAGCUUCCUCAAUAUGUUGAGGACUGCGGUACUGAUUCGUUGAUGAAAAGGGAUCUUGCAUCAAUGACAUCAUUGAACAAGCGAUCGGCUUAUUAGUCAGCGUGUCAUCAUCCAUAGACUCCAAGAGGUGUCUUGGUUCAAGAAGAAACCCAAAGGUGUCCACAUGGUAUUCUGGCCUUUGUAAUCUGUCCUUCAUCUCCUACAUCAGAACUCAACUCCCCAUCAAGUCUUUUCAUUCUUCUGGUUGUUUUGAUUACAGGAAAUCCAUAGCAUUCACUAUAUUCUUUUGCUUUUUCGAUGAAUUGGGUGAUCAGUUUGUCCGUUUCUCAUCAUCAGAAAGCAUGAAAGGGUUUUAAUCUCUUCAGCAGCUUCCCGUAUGUGCAGUCCAAACUUUUGUAGUUUCUUCUGAACUAUAUUGAUUUGGCGCAAUAGAUUUGACCAGGAUUUCAGAUAAGCGAAAAAUUCAUAAUUUUUUACUGCAUGAAGAUUCUGUGCAUUGCUUCUAUUGUCCAUUGUUUCAGUUGUUGAUUCAGAAAGUUUCUCCAACAGCUUGAUAAUUUUGUCGAGAUGCAAGGAAACUGCCGACGUAGCUUCUUUUCUUGCUGACUACCUUGUAUUACUAUCCUUUUUAAAACUCCCGGCUCCAGCUUCUUUCAGUUUGGCCCAUCUCUGGGGUGAACUGGAAAAAAAAUUUAACAAUUCAUGUACAGUUCCAAAAAAAGUCUAUCUCAACAGAAUGAAGAGCUUUCAGGCUGAGAGAGUGAUUAUCACAGAAAAGUUGCCUUUGGAUUUAUGUAUAAGAGACGUUUCUGCAGGCCAGAGUGACGGCCAUGCAAUGAGGCUGCCUUAUCAUAGGUUUAACCUCUGCACAGAUCAAAGUCCAGUCCUAUGUCUUUAAGAGUUUUCAGAACAAUUUCUUCAUAAUGUUGUGCAUCAGGUUUCAAAAUUUCAAAGUAACCAAUGAAUGACUCUUUUAUUUCGAAAUUAUCAACAUCCAAGUAACGAACUUUUAGAGAUACCUGUUCUUGAUGAGAAACAUCUGGAGUGGAAUCAAGCAUCAGAGAAAAGUAAAAAAACUUGUUUGACUUUCUCAACAAUUGAUUCCCUAACUUUAUAGCCCAUCAAUUCAAAAUGAACUCAUUUUGAAUUUCUGGUGACUUAUAAUGUUUGUUCACAUAUUCAAUUUGUGGUAAGUGGUGUUUCAAGAAUUCAUCAAAUUCUGCAAGACAUUUCAAAGAUGCUAGGAAGUUCCCUGAAUUGUGUGAAUUCAGUUUUUCGUUGAGAGCACGUAAGCUAGAGUUAGUUUGUGCUAAGUACAUAAUAGCUGCUGCUACACGCUUCAGAAUAUCUCUCCAAUACUGCUGAUUUUUCAAAAUUUGAGUAUGAAACAUAUGUGACAGUUCAUCUGGUUCUGCCCUAAGCUUUUCUUCUUCUAACUUCCACUUCAAAAAAGCUUGUCUGUGGUGGACACCUUCUUCAUGUUCUUUCAGUCUUUCAGAUUUCUUCCAUUUGGUGAAACCAACCCCAGGUUUGCUCAAUGCACUUGAUGUCUUUCUGAUGCCUCAAGUCGACACAUGCAAAACAAAACAGACAUCCCAAGUGUGGAGAGAAGAGGAGCCAAGAUGGUUGCACAUUUCUCCUGUUGGAAGCUUUCUAGUGAACCAUGAUGAUGUCAACAAAACAAAUUUCGGACACUCAUUUAGGGGCCCCCUCAAGUGGGGUCAUGGGGGGAUCUUCAAAUUCUCCCCACAUCCCCCCACCCUAGCUACACCACUGUGGGGAGGCAUCCCUCUCAUGAUUUUAAGAAAAACUGAUGUUUAAAUCAAUUUGAAAUGUUUAAGAUAUAUUUUUAUCUCAUGUUCUUUAACUAUAUACAAAUGAUUAAAUGUAAAUGAGUUUCAUGUACACAAAACACAGAGAAAAAAACAUUCAAAUACUAAAGGUCAAAGUUAAGAGGGGUUAAAGGUAUUUUCACCUGUUCAAAUUCUAUAGAAUAUAGAUACAUUACAAUAAAAAUGGUUCAGUUGGGGAUGUUAUUUUAAACCUUUUAAUUAGAGUAAUAGUAUAUAUUUAGUAAAUGUCACCACUGUUCAUUUUCUUUAAGAGUGUGUAAGGUCUAUUUUAAAAAGAAACUCCUGCAUGCUCCUCAUUUUCUUUUCGCAAACUCGUACACAAUUACAUUUCACCGAUACGCCGAAUCCACUACGAAAAAUACAAUGGCUGAACAUUCCAUUGACGAGCAACCAGCUACAACAAAUAUUUUCACUUGUUUGGAAUUGGAACACAUAAUCGGUAAGGAAAACAAAUAGGUAUGUGUUUAAGUUUUUUUUAAAAGACAAAAAAAUAUAUUAUCUGAAUUCUGAACAUAAAUAUUUUAAUAAAGUUUGACUAAUCUUCCAAUUUUAGCUGCCCCCGACAGAAAAUAGCAGCUAAUAGUUUUGUGUGGUCUGUCUGUCUGACCGUCCAUCCCGUUUAGUUUUCGUAAAUCCGACUUCAUGAUAUUUUAAAUUUUAGAAUUUUCUAAUGCAACGGCUACUUUGUUUUUUUUCUAAAAGCGAAAAAUUUAAUUUUUAAAUUCAACUGUGCAAGCAUUUUUUUAAAUGAAGAUACACCAUUUGUACAACUAUUUACUCAGAUGCUCGGAACGCAGGAAAUCAGGGACUCCGGACUCUUUUAGAAGAUAUUGAUGUAAUGCGUGAAAAAAAUAACAGGAACAAAACAGACGAAAAUGUAUCGCAAUUGAAAGCACAAAUAGACCCAUUUGAUAAAAUGGUUCCGCAAGCGAAAGGAGGAAUAUAUUGGUGAAGGAGUAGUUGCCUGUAGACUCGUUGGUGAAGAAGUUGCAUGGUCAGGACUGUGGCUGCACAAACAGCGGUGACGGAGAUGCUGGGGAUUGGAGCGCCGUCUUUGUCUGUGUUGUGGGCAAGUCUUGUGGUUAUGACUGUCAAGACGAGAAGCGUGACAAUGAUUGCUUCGACGAUCUUAAGGGGAUGUAACAAAUUGAAAAAAAAACAAAGAAAUGAAGAAACUAGAGAAGCCUGUUAUGUCCAUGAAGCUUUUGUUCCUAACGUAUCUGCAACGAGUGCCUCUAUGAGCCGGACAGAUUAAGACAACGUUGGGUCUGCGUCCAAGCUUGCUGCUGUGAACCUUAAUGACCUCGGUUUAUCUGUCAGUACCUUUGACGAGAACUUAAACCAUGACAGCCUGAAGACCGUUUCUGAUUCGUUGUCUUAGAUAUCGUCGGGUAAAAUUGUGAAUACGGGCCCAACAAUGACCAAGACAGAAAAAACGAAUUUGACUUUGCCUGCGGCAUAAUAGAGAACUCUAAGCUUGGCAACUGCAUUCAGGCGAUUGACAAGAACUGUAUAUGCGGCGUUCUUUGGAGACAGUGCCUAUGCCAAGAAACCAAGCAACAAGUCUGAAUUUAACAGACAUUUGAACUUAUGCCUACAUCAGUGAGAGUGACUUGAACGAUGGGGAACUAAUUCCAGCCGAACCUGAUGCAGUGGUGGAUGAACAUUUGCUUAGGGAACAUUACUAGGGUGCUUCAUGGGCAUAUCUUACAGAUGAAGAUGAGAAUGACUAUGUGUUUCAAACUAAGGGUAACUGUGGGCCUACAACUAUAUCCCAAGACGUCCAUAGAAAAGGUCAGCUGAUUUGGUGUCUUAAAAAAACGACCAUGGAAACUACAGUGAUCGCCACAAAUUCCAUUUGUGCUAAUUGGCUUGUAACCCUGCUCUCCACUAACUCACCCUAUGUCGAUAUUGUCUCAAGAGCAGAUUGGCCAACUGGAGGAAGAGAAAGCAAUGGCCACAGAAAACUGUGCAGAUGGCUUCGUGGGCCACAGGCUCCCUGCCAUCUGUGGCUCCCACUGAUCGACCUCCACCUAAACUGUCAAACCUCCACUGCACUGUUUCUUUUCGGGACGAAACGCGCUAAGAAGGGAGCAAUGUUAUAACCUUGCCAUGCACACCGCCAUCCAAGAUAAUGCGGAAGGUGCGCACGGCCAGAAACCAGACUGAGAAGGAUAUUGACAUUAUGAAAUAGAGAACGAUUUCCGGCCAAGUCUAGAGCCGAUAUGAAGUUGUUGUUGUUGUCUUAUGUAUGUGUGAUGUCCUCGUCUAAAUAAACAUAGUUGCUUUGUUGAGAUGUCUCCCUUCAUUUAUUACAAUAUGAAUAUUAACAAUGUAAUAAUUAUGACAUUAAAAAAUCUCCAAUCCUGUGGUUUCAAGUCGUUAGUCGAACUAGCAAUACAACAGUAUCGGCAACCUUUUCGAAACGAGCACGCCUUUUUUGUUUGUAUCGACGGAAAUUAGGUUGUAGUUGUUGAUAUUUUGAAGUUCAUAGUUUCUGAUAUUCUUUCUGAAAAUAUUGAAACCAGCCAUUUUACCUGCCUGAGCGGACCACUUCUGGGGCCGGUUUUAAGUUUGUGUUAAUACAAUAACUGUUUUUGUAACCUUGUUGUUGUUUUUUUGGAUUAGACAUAGACAUAGAUAAAUAUCUUAUCUUCUUAUCUUAUUUUAUAUGAUAUAGACGUUACUUCAAAAAAAGAAGAUGAUUACGUCAUACGCGUCAUGCAUUUGCUCAUGCAUAUUAACCAAUGACCUAAAUUUUGCCAAGUCGCUGGUUUUCCUGGCUAGCUCAGGCAACCCAUUCCAUGCUCUAAUAGCGCUAGGGAAGAAGGAGCAUUUGUACAAAUUUGUCCUAGCGUUUGGAAUGAGGAAUGUGCGUUUAUCUUUGUGUCUUUUACAGUAUUUUAUUAAAUUUUGUUUUUGUAUUUGAAGAUUGUGGUUCAGUGUUUUAUGUAUAAUUGCUACUUUACUUUUGAGCCUUCUGUCCUGAAGGCUUUCUAAAUUUAGUGAUUUUACUAAAGGUGUUACUCUAGUCAAAUGUGAAUAUUCGUUUGUUAUGAAUCUCACUGCUCUAUUUUGUGUCUGUUCCAGUUUCUUAAUGUUUUCUUGAGUUAAGGGGUCCCAAACAGAGGUUGCAUAUUCUAUUAUUGGCCUAACCAAGGUUAAAUAACAUUUUAGUUUUAUGUUCUUAUUUGAUUUAUAGAAAUUUCUUUUAAUAAACCCUAAUGCUAUGUUUGAUUUUUCUAUAGUUUCAUCAAUAUGGGGAUUUCAUGACAGUUUUUCAUUUAUUACAACACCUAGGUAUUUUGCGUUUUUAGUCUGUGAUACUGGUUUACCAUGAAUAAGAUAAGUGGAAUUAAUUUGUUUUAUUUGUUUUGUUAUUCUUAAUAACUGACAUUUUUCUCACUGCUCUAUUUGGCUCUGUUCCAGUUUCUUAAUGUUGUCUUGAGUUGAGGGGUCCCAAACAGAGGAUGCGUAUUUUAUUAUUGGCCUAACAAAGGUUAAAUAACAUUUUAAUUUAUGUUUUUAUGUGAUUUAUAGAAACUCCCCAUAUAGAACAUAAAAUAUGUGGAGAGCUGCCAUAACUGGAAACCACUGCGCUGGUCAUCAGCUGGUCAUCGCAGAUAUAGUACUACUCCUCUAAACCCUCCAAUGAAAAAGAAAAAAAAAAGAUUUAACAGGUUUUAGCUUUUUAUUAUGUUCUUCUUCAUGACAGUUGUCAAUGAUAUAUUCAUAUCAGGUAGAUUAACCGUAGACAUGAUUAUCUGUUUUGUCAAACACACACACACACAUAUAUUUUUAAUUAAAAGGUGUACCAAAAACGUUUUAAAUUUUUCUACUAGGCUUCAUCAAUAAAUGUAUGGAACAUAUUAUCUAUUUCCGUUUCUAGAUUGACAAUGUCGAAUUAACAAUAUCAAACACAAGUGAAGAUGCUGAAGACAUUCUUAAGGAAGCUAUAAAAAAAGACAAGUCAAGAUUGAUGCCUCUUCGGAAAUCAACAAAGAUAUGAUGAAAGCAUUUUAAAAGCUAGUGACAAUCCAAAGAUGUACUCUUAAGUGGCUUGAAUGUUAUUGUCAAGAAAGCCAAUUAGAUAAAAACUAUACAUUUUAUUGACAAGCUUAUGAUAGACCUAGAAAAUAUUUUUCUUAAUUGCUUAUUCUUCAUUAUGGGAUAAUACACUUCAAUAUAUGGACUCAAACAUUAUGAGUAGCUGAUAGUUUUGAAUUAUGCUUAUAAAAGGCAAGGGGAAUGACAAAGAAAGAGUGUGAGCUAAUAAAAAUGGUGCUCAAGUGUAUUGUUUUGUAAUACAAAAAUUAUUUGUUCUUUUCAGGUAUUGCUAGUUAGAAUGCUAUGUAAUAUUAACAUGCAAAAUUUAGUUACUCUGUAAUAUUAGACAUAAUUGUAGGUCUUUCUGUGUAGCAAAUAUAUUGUACAAUUAUUUCAUUCCUACCAGUAGAUUAUGUAAUUUAUUGAAUGAUAUUAAAG